GCAUCUUGGGUUGUGAAGCUGUUUGUCUUGUAUUACCUCUGCCACCUCUGGAUUUCAGAUUUGGAAGGAGCCUUGCAGCUCUGGGACAAAAGGAAGGUGUGUUUUUGAACAGGAAGAUGAACAGAACUGAAUUUUAGGACCCAACUCCUGAUGAGCUGGACUUUAUCUUGGCAGGAGUUUUUGGAGACUGAUGCAGUGACAGCCAAUGGCUUCAGAAUCCAUGGUUCCUGAGCAGUCAAAACAACAGCUGAUAAAGGGGAAAAGGCGGCAGCAGCAGCAGCAAACUCAGCCUUCCAUCAGUGAUGAGGAUGUCUUCGUGUUUGAGGCCAACGAGGCUUGGAAGGAUUUUCACAGCUCUCUUCUUCACUUCUUUGAAGCUGGAGAGCUCUGUGAUGUUACACUAAAGGUUGGUUCAAAGCUAAUCUCCUGCCACAAACUGGUGCUGGCUUGUGUUAUCCCGUACUUCCGAGCCAUGUUUCUUUCGGAAAUGGCUGAAGCCAAGCAGAAGCUGAUUGAGAUCAGGGACUUUGACGGCGAUGCCAUCGAGGACCUGGUGAAGUUCGCGUACUCCUCGCGGCUCACGCUGACGGUGGACAACGUGCAGCCCCUGCUGUACGCCGCCUGCAUCCUGCAGGUAGAGCUGGUGGCCAAGGCCUGCUGUGAGUACAUGAAGCUGCACUUCCACCCCUCCAACUGCCUGGCAGUCAGGGCGUUUGCCGAGAGCCACAACCGUGUCGACCUAAUGAACAUGGCCGAUCAGUUUGCUUGUGAACAUUUCACAGAAGUGAUGGAGUGCGAGGACUUUGUGAGUGUGUCACCACAGCACCUCCAUAAACUCCUGUCCUCCAGUGACCUGAAUAUUGAAAAUGAAAAGCAAGUUUACAGUGCUGCUAUCAAGUGGCUGCUGGCCAAUCCACAGCAUCAUGCUACGUGGCUGGAUGAGAUCCUUGCACAGGUACGGCUGCCUCUCUUGCCCAUUUCUUUCCUUAUGGGUGUUGUGGCAAAGGAAGAGAUUGUCAAGCAGAAUCUAAAAUGUAGGGAUUUGCUGGAUGAAGCAAGGAACUACCAUCUUCACCUGAGCAGCAGGGCAGUGCCUGACUUUGAGUACUCCAUUCGCACAACACCAAGGAAGCAGACUGCUGGUGUGCUGUUCUGUGUCGGAGGCAGAGGUGGAUCAGGUGACCCCUUCCGCAGCAUUGAGUGUUACUCCAUCAGUAAGAACAGCUGGUUCUUCGGCCCUGAAAUGAACAGCCGGAGGAGGCAUGUGGGUGUGAUCUCUGUGGGAGGUAAAGUCUACGCAGUAGGUGGACAUGAUGGAAAUGAACACUUAGGAAGCAUGGAAGUAUUUGAUCCUCUCACAAACAAGUGGAUGAUGAAGGCAUCAAUGAACACAAAGAGGAGAGGCAUCGCCCUGGCGUCCCUGGGCGGCCCCAUUUAUGCCAUUGGGGGCCUGGAUGACAACACGUGCUUCGGCGACGUGGAGCGCUACGACAUCGACUCGGACCGCUGGAGCACCGUGGCCUCCAUGAACACUCCCCGCGGGGGCGUGGGCUCCGUGGCGCUGGUGAACCAUGUUUACGCCGUGGGUGGCAAUGAUGGUGUAGCAUCUCUUUCCAGUGUGGAGAAAUAUGAUCCCCACUUGGAUAAGUGGAUGGAAGUAAAAGAGAUGGGUCAGCGAAGGGCUGGGAACGGUGUCAGUGAGCUCCACGGCUGCUUGUAUGUUGUGGGUGGGUUUGAUGACAACUCGCCCCUGAGCUCGGUGGAGCGGUUUGACCCACGCUGUAACAAAUGGGAAUACGUGGCAGAGCUCACAACUCCAAGGGGUGGUGUUGGCAUAGCAACACUGAUGGGAAAAAUUUUUGCAGUUGGAGGUCAUAAUGGCAACGUGUACCUGAAUACAGUGGAAGCAUUUGAUCCCAUAGUGAACAGGUGGGAGCUCGUGGGCUCGGUGUCGCACUGCAGGGCAGGGGCAGGCGUGGCCGUGUGCUCCUGUCUCAGCAGCCAGAUCCGGGACGUGGGCCAGGGAUCCAGCAACGUUGUGGAUUGCAUGUGAGCUCUGCCAUCUCCUCCAAAUUCCAAAGGAAUGCUGCAAGGGAGGCACCACAGAGCUUCUAAACACUGUGUUUUGUAUGGUAGGUUGAGGAAUAAAUCCAGUACAUUUUCUUUGUGAAAAUGGUAUUUUCUGCAACUGUAAAGCUUUUGGUGGCUUUCCAUCAGUAGUGAUACAGAAAAGCCUGUGAAAACAUGGAAUAAAAGUGUGACCCACAAGAAGAAACCUGCCAAGAACUGCAAUCAUCCCAUUUCUGAGAAGCUACAAUUUCAAAAUCAUUUGAGGCAGCUGUUGCAAGGACUCAAUAUUGAGCUGUAAAUCAGGCAUGUGGUAAGGAGAGCAGCAGCAGCUACUGCUACAUGUUCUCUGGAGGACAUUUCAUUUAACUUAUUUUCUGGAAUGGAGUCUUAAAUGUUUCCCCGUUGUACAAGAGCUUUGUAACAGAAGGUGUCUCUAGUUUUAGAGGUAAUGACAUCUCUGAUGUACCCUGAGAUAAUUGAGGCAGAGAAGUUCACUGCUUAUCUCCUAAGGGAAUGCUGGCACCAGUGGAAAUUGCAGGGAUUCUGUCUGAAAACAAAACUGUCUUUCAAAGUACUUUCUCAAAUAAUAAACUUAUUAGAAAGCUGGAAAGAUUCUUGACCUGAGUUUAGCCACUGGAAUACUGCCAUUCUCUAGUCUUCCAUAAAAUUGGUACUUACUACCCCCUUUCCAAAGGAGAGUUUCUGUUGUGGGGUCCUGAAGUAACCAGUAUAAUUUGUCCUAUUUUGAGAUGAUAGUGUGUAAAAAUGUAGGCUUCAGUGGUGUUUUGAAUCACCAUUUUUAUAGAAAAUGGAAAUGCAUAAUAAAAUUUGUGGUAUUCUGUAAAACUUUUUAAGUGCAACACUGGAAGACUCGACUGAUUUCAGUAUCCAGUAGCAACUCUGGUAACAUUUUUUUUUGAGUUACUUGCUCUUUUAAGGGAGCAGAUAAAUAACCUCAAAACCUUAAAUGAAUCAAAGAGAGUCAGCAAGAAAGAUAAUUAGGAAUAAACCAGUAUUUCCAUCAAAAAUUGAGAUAGCAGCAUAACGGCCCUGCAUACAAAGAUGUCUUGUUACACCAUUACAAACCCUGAAUCCCAAGUGAAGUCCUGCAGGAAAGACUGCAGAUUCCUGUUCCUGCAUCACCUUGAACAGACCAACAACUGACAAUCCUUUGUGACCAAAGUUUCACAAUUGCCAGGUUGUUCCAAAUGCCCAGGGAGAGCAGCAAACUUCUCUGUAUUCAGGACCUGGAGGAAGCAGGACAGCCAGAGUGAGGAGGCACAGUUGUGUUUUUCUGCUAAGUUACCAUCAUUUGGCUUUCCUGCCCAAAAUUGCUUUGCACUUUGGUGUACUUUUUGCACCCAAAGGGAAUGGUGCUGUAAAUAAUGAAAUAUUGCAAUAAAACAUUUUUACUUCAAAGCACCU